AUGGCGUCUCAUGGGCCUAAAAAGGAUACCCACAGUGGGGACAAUUCAAUGAAGGUCUCUAGUGAUAAUGAAGAGAGUGAGGUAGAGAGGCUGUUGCAGCGCAGCAGCAGACCGUGGCAUUAUUUCUACCCGCGGGCACGCGCCCACUCCUCCCUUCUUGCAUGUUACCAUGCGAUGGGAGGUAUUGGGCUGGUGUUGCCUCAGCAGCUUUGCGGUGUCUUUUCUCGUGCUUUAUCGUCAUGGGAUGCUACGAACAAGGAUAAAAUGCAGAAUUACAAACACAAGGACAUUCCCUUGAAUGUGCGCCUUGCUCGGCAUAUAUAUCCUUGUAGCCAAGUGCCCCUUGUAAGCGACAGUACCGUCGGUAUGAUGGAGGCAGCAUUGAGGUAUUUGCGCCCUUCAGAAGGAACGCCUGUCCUCCUUCCAGGCAUGUUGUUGUACCCACACUACCAAUUGCUAGAGCUGUUUGACGCGUGGAAGCUGCGUGUCAUUGGUUACGAUGUUGAAUAUGUGACGAUGUGUGUGGAAGAAGAGGAGUUCCGAAGGAAAAUGCGGAAUAUUUGCCACCGUGACCACUGGAACAAAGGCGCAAUAAAAAAAGGUGAUAAUUGUAGUAGGGAGUGCCCUGGAAUUGUCUUGCUUAUAGGGAUUGGUGCGCGCUUUGUGACGAAUGCCGAAAAAAUUGUGCAGAUCGCGCGUAACGAGUUCCGUGGAGUGACGAUAGAGCUGCAUCCUGUCACUGCGAUGUCCUUAUGGCCGGAGAAUCACAAGACUGGUGGGGCUGAUCUGCACAUUACUUCUAUGGACACGGCCGGAGAAAUGGGUGGCGCGAUCGCAUUUACCAUGGACCCGCUGAUUGCAAACGGUAUUUCGGUGUGCCUGGAAGAGCGGCCUUUGGCUUCUGGGCGAAGGCGGUGGGUUUCACUUGCGCGUCACAUCUCCCACCUGAUGGUGUCAGACGGCAUGAGCUUUCAACUUGCGCUAUUGGUAAUGCACUUGUGGGCUCUUGUGGCACAGAAUUCCCGGACAAAGAAAAAGCAUCACACCGCGGGAGGGAUGCAGGCGGACAGAGCGGUGAGAGUGAGCGGCACACUCGCGCGGGCCAACCGCAUCUUUGAGUUUCUCAUGUCCUCAGAAGCGGAAUGUGUUUAUGGCGGCGCCAGGAGUUGCGAAACCGGUCGACAGCGCAGUGAAAGCCGCUGUUACAAGAAGAAUAACGACAAUGACUCAAUCCGUUCAGGGGUGACUGCAGGUGAUCGUUCUCUCGUCUCUGCCUUUUCUCAGCCCCACCGCGGGCUUCUUCUGUGGAUGAUGGACGCCAUCAAGUCAAUGCGAAGACGCGUUGAGGCGGACUGCGUUUCUCUCUGGGAAUUCCUCAGCCACCUGCGUAACAACGUGGAAGUUGUCUCGGCUGGGGAGCCGACGACGCCGCGGCUUUGCGUGGCAAGUCACUCCGACAGUUUGUUACUUCGUGUCCAAUCACCCGAUUUGGCCGCACAGGCGUUACGCACGGCGGGCUUUGACGCUGUCUCUGCCGUCACUUGCGUCUGGGACAGUCGUGACAAGACGAGCCGAGAACGGAAACGAGUGGUGCCGACGCUGCGUGAAAUCAUUGUUCUUCCCGACUGCCCUCAGAGCACCGCACUCUCACACCACGCCCUGUUUCUUCCGCUCUACAAGGAAAUGAAGUGGAAAAAUCGACAGAAGCUUCACCACGUGAUGCAGACAAAAUUCCCCUCGUCGCUGUUCUGUAGUCCCAGUACGCAAUUCCACCAGCAUGUGAUGAGCACGCCGUCCUGCCACGCAUACCGCUCGGCAGAGGUAGAGGCGCUGCUUCGCUCAUGGAAACAGUCGUGCAAAGACGUGAACGCCUUUUUCGCAGACCCACAGCCCCUUCUCCUUUGGGCUUUGCUGGGACCGGUUCCAGGCUACUUCCUGUCGAAGCUUUGA